GGAGAGUAUAAGUAAGAUGCGGAAUGAAGACAGACAGAAUACGACGGAAUCUCCAGCAGGCGAGGAUGCUUGUAAUUGCCCUGUUGAUGUUGUUGCCUGUACUGGUGGGGGCGGAGUCAGAAUGCAAGGCCUGCUGUGACCUCACCAACAUCUCCAUCACCGUGGAGAGCGAGGAGUGUGGAAGCUGCUUCACCAUCAGCACCAUGUCCUGCGCUGGCCUCUGCCAGACACAGGAGAGAGCAUACCGUAGCCCUGUGGCGCCAUACUUCCAGAACACGUGCAACUUCCGGGAGUGGAGGUACGAGACGGUGGAGCUGCCAGGCUGCCCACCGGGGCUGGACUCGUCCUUCACCUACCCUGUGGCCGUGAGCUGCGAGUGCAGCCAAUGCGAUACAGACAGCACUGACUGCGGUGCCCUCAGCACACAGCACAGCAGCUGCCUCGCUCACACACACUACUGAGCCGCUGGCCAAGUUAGAAAACACCUUUGUAAUGAUUUAAAAGGACGAGUGUCCUCUUCAGACCCCUGACUGCAAACAGGAUGCAUGUCUCUUACGCUUGAGUUUCUGCAAUGUUCUGCAGGUAGUGUUGUGCCUGUGUGACCGUACUCAUCAUGGAGGCCAUGGCUCUGCGUUACCUAAGCAUGUAAAAACCCUGCUUCAUUAAAACAGCAUUUGCAUU